CAUUGGCAGCUUGUGUCCAAUUAAAUUAAACACAAAUCACAGUUCCUUUUCCUUCACACACACUCAGUCCUCACAUGCCAGAAAUGGUGAAGGGAAAUCCAUAAAACCUAUUUUUAUUUUCCUCCAAUUUCUGCCCAGAAGAGCCAAAAGGGCUCCCUGAAAUGUAUGUGAGAUUCAAGCGUCUGAUCAUUGGUGGAGAGAUUGUUGUAGAAGAGAGUGAGUGGGAAAAGGAGAGAUAAAUAAAGAACAAGAAUCAUUCAAGAUUCAACCAGCCACCAUAAAUUCAUGCAGAAAUCUUCAAUGGAGAACUGUUCAAAGCCAAAACAAGCAAUAGCAACGACUGUGUUGAAAGCAACUGAGCUCGCAUUUGCAAAAUGCGAGUGUUGUGGCCUCACAGAGGAAUGCACGGAGGAAUACAUCAAGCGCGUUUGUGAACGAUUUUCGGGGCGUUGGAUUUGCGGGCUCUGCUCUGAAGCAGUGAAGGAUGAGGUGAUGAGAUCAGAGAAAGGGAUUGGGAAUGAAGAGGCUCUGAAUCAGCACAUGAGUUUCUGCAGGAAAUUCAAGAAUCUGAGCCCGCCAAAGAGUCCAAGUGAUGAUGAGCUCAUCUCUGCUGUCAAGCACCUGCUGCUCAAGAGCCUGGAUUCGCCCCGAUCCAGCCCGGUCAAGAGCCGGGGUUUGAUCCGGUUGGAGACCUGUUUAUCUGCUCUUGAUUCUUGAGAGAGAGCUUUGAAGGUAGAAAUUGGUUGCUUCAUUUGUUCUUGAAUUUGGAGACUGACUGCUAUUGCAAAAUGUUUGAGAUAAGUUAGGAUUUCAGCGAAGUUUAGUUGUUUGUAGUUGGUUGAAGAAUGUUUUCAUUCCAUUUGUUUCAAGUUAAUUGAACUGACUGAUUCAUCUGCAAA